AUGGCACAGUUACGAUAUGAUGUCGCGAUGUUACGAGCUGGAUUAGGAGACCUCCAUGCUGAGGUUGUAGCGAUACGGGGUGACAUAGCAGGCCUGCGUGGGACGAGCGAUUAUCGAGAUGGAGGAGGUAGCGGAGGGACAGGUCACUAUCAGGACGGAGGGGGUGACGGAGGGACUAGUGGCUAUCGAGACGGAGGGACUGGUGGUUAUCAGGACGGAGGGGGUGACGGAGGGGUCGGUGGUUAUCAGGGAGGAGGGGGUCAGAUGGGGUAUGUUGACUCAUCGUGGCCAUCAGUUGUUGCAUUUGAUUCAUUUUUAGAUGACACGAUGGGGAUGGAGGAGCGAGAGAGGAUACCUGUGGUGGAGGGGGUGCCCGUGCGGGAUAUACCUGAGGAUGUGGAGGGGGUACCCGAGGAGGAGAGGGUACCGGAGGUGGGGGUGCCCGUGCAGGGGAUACCUGAGGACGUCGAGGGGGCAUCGGAGUCGGAGGUGGAGGUGGAGGUGGAGGUGGAUAGGGUACUGGAGCUGGAGGUGGUACCCGUGCACGGGAUACCCGGGGAUGUCGAGGGGGCACCGGAGGAGGAGAGGGUACCGGAGGUGGAGGUGGUACCGGAGAAGACGCCAGACUCACCGGUCGUGGUCUUUGUGUCGGAGGAGGUGGCCCCGACAGCGGGCGAGGGGGUCGUCCCGAUGGCUGGGGAGAUGGAGAUUCCCGAGGCGCAUGAGGAGAGGACGAUGGCUGAUGACAUGGUGGAGCGGGUGGUCGGCAAGAGGCCAAGGGUGCCAUCACAGUACGUUCUUUCUCCCUUUACCGCGGAGGCGAAGAGGAGAAGGUUCGUCGACGGGACGCACCCGAAUUUAUUCAGGGAGGUGGACCACGCCAAGUGGAAAGCCUUUGAGACAGAGUGGAGAGCAUUGCAGCCUGGGUAA